AAGCCAGCCCAAGUUGUAUGGAUGAUAACGUCAACUCACCGGCCUGCACUGAAGGGGCUGGAUAAUGAAAUGUCCAAGCAGGAAGAAUGCUGGCAAGGCCUCUUACACUGCAAAAGUCUAGGAGGAUGUCUUCGGGCACAGAGGCUCCUUGUAAGCUCUGCCGGGCAGUUUGGUUCAUACACACUCGGCAACAUCGUAUCGACUGAGCUAUUGGUGAAUUACCUACGAACCUUUGAACAGAUUUAUCGGAUCAACCAUGUACCAACCCUCCAGAGAGAGUUUGAGGCAUUCCUACAAGAUCCAGUCUCUGUAGCACAAGAGUGUUUGGUGAGACUCCAGCUUUGCUUCGCACUUGGGGCGUUGAUUUACGACGAUCUCUUUUCUCUUCGACCUUACGCUCUUCAAUGGAUCCACGAGGCUCAAUCUUGGCUCGCCAACCCCGAGAACUCACACCCAAUCAUUUCAGGCACUUAGAUCAUGUAUCUCCUGCAGCUGGCUCAGCAAGCAACAGACUCACUCUACGGGGACCGGAUCUCAGUCCUGUCAGGUAACCUCCUUCGGUCUGCGAUGUGAAUCGGGUUGCAUCGAGACCCGAUAGGGUUGCCACGAAUGUUACCUUUCCAGAUUGAGAUGCGACGCUGUCUCUGGACGACUGUGCUAGAGAUGGUUCUGGACGCAAGCAUAGAAUCCGGCCAGCCCGUCCUCAUCUCACCCGAAGACUUUGACUGUAGCUUACCUUCAAACCUGAACGACGACCAGCUCCACUGCGAGGCAACAAUCUGUCCUACUCCAAAGGAUCCUAGUCUUUACACCGAUAGCUCUCUGCAAAUUGCUCUCGGUCACUCGUUCACGUUGAGACUGACGAUUGCUAAGCUGUGGAAUAAAGUCAAGCAAGAG